AUGGUGCGGGAUCUGUGUGGUUUGUGGUCAAAUCAGGGGCAACAGCAACCGCCCAGAUUUCUCAAGUGGAGGACAUCAGAUGCGUUCAUCUGCUUCGUGGUUUGCUUCGCGGUCUUCACGGAUGUCUUCAUGUAUGGGUUGAUUGUGCCCGUUGCCCCAACGGCCCUCCGUGAUAGAGUUGGGAUGUCCGAUGCUGAUGUUCAAUCAUGGCAAUCGACCUUGCUGUCUCUCUACGGAGUAUCGUUAUUAGCCGCUUCACCCAUCUGUGGGUACCUCGCCGAUAAAUUCCAGUCACGAUGGUGGCCGUUUAUCGGAGGCCUGGUGGUUCUCGCAGCCGCCACUGCUCUCCUCUGCGUCGGGACGAACCUUGCAUUGUGGAUUGUGGGGCGUCUCUUUCAAGGAGCCUCGGCGGCGGUUGUGUGGACUGUUGGGAUCGCGCUGCUCGUUGAUACGGUCGGGAAGGAAUUUCUGGGUCAAGCCUUGGGAUAUCUGGGAAUGGCGACGACCAUAGGAACAAUGACCGGCCCGCUGCUGGGAGGAGUGGUCUACGGUGCAGGGGGCUACUAUGCUGUUUUCGGGAUGUCGUUUGGCAUCAUCGCCUUGGAUGUCAUCUUUCGACUCGCCAUGAUCGAGAGGAAGGACGCAAUCAAGUGGCUGCAGGCCGAUGGCCGACCGAUUGUCCCGGCAGAAAAGCAAGGAAGUGGCAGCGACUUGGAAACUGCUGUUUCACCCGCAGCCUCGGAGGGCCCGAAAACUCCCCAGCAUGGCUGCCACGAGCAGGAGCGCUCCUCCUCCUCCGCCUCGGCCGAUGAUAGAUCUACCAAGAAACGACCCAGCACCAUGUAUACACUGCUGACCUCGGGCCGCAUGAUGACAAGCAUGUGGGCGUAUUUUAUCCUCUCCCUCGCCCUGACUUCCUUCGACAGCGUGCUACCGCUCUUUGUCGAGCAGAAGUUUGGCUGGGGUCAAACCGGCCAAGGGCUUGUCUUCAUCGCGAUCUCCGUCCCCCAGAUCCUCGACCCCGUGGUGGGGUAUAUCAUCGACAACUACGGCCAUACGCGACGGUACAUGACGACGGCGGGGUUCCUCGCGGCCGUGCCGGCCUUGGCCUGCCUUCGCUUUGUGACCGAGAACACGGUCGGCCACAAAGUGCUCCUAUGUGCGCUGCUUGUCCUGAUCGGGCUCUGCUUCUGUCUGAUCAUGUCCCCGGUUCUGGUGGAGGCGACCUACUACGUGCAGGACCGGGAGGCGGAGACGCCGGGGAUCUUUGGCGAGGGAGGAGCCAUCGCGUUUGCGUACGGGGUGAUGAACAUGGCGUACGCGGUGGGAACGAUCAUCGGGCCUUUUUUCGCGGGCUUCAUCAAGAAUGAUGCCGGUUGGAGCACGAUGAGUUGGGCGUUGGCGUUGAUGUCCGGUGUGACCGGCAUUCCUACCUAUAUAUGCCUGCGGCGCCCUGCGGGAGACGGGGCUUCUUCCAAAGCCGGAUCGCCCUGA